AUGUCGGCAACGUCAAAUCCAGGAUCCUCAAGGGUCAACCGGGAAGAAGCCGGCCGCGCAGUCGACGCCCUCCUAGGGUUCCUCCGUGCGAGAUCCAAGCAGCUCAAUGCCCAGCUUUUCGAGCAUGAUGAUUUCCUCUACCUCCAUCUCAGCGUACGUCGCUUCCCCUCCACCUCUCGCAUCAACCCAUACCGCAUUCCUCUCCCUCACUCCCUCCAUCCUCUCGACCCUUCACGCACCUCUCUCUGUCUCAUCGCCGACGACUCCCUAGCCGAGACCGCUAGAGCUACCGCCGCCGCUGAAAAACUUCCCUUCGAUUCCGUUAUUCCUCUCUCCGAGCUCCGAACGGACUACGUCCCCUUCGAGUCCCGCCGCCGACUCUGCGAUUCUUACGAUAUCUUCUUUGCCGAGCGCCGGAUCAUCACUCUUCUUCCCCGCUUAAUCGGUAACUAUUUCUUUAAGAAGAAGAAGAUCCCUCUCGCCAUCAAUAUCUCUCGACCUGGAUGGCCGGAGGCUGUUCGACAGGUAUGUAGGUCUACGCUUUUGUUCUUUGGUUCUGGAACUGGUAUUGGGAUGAAGGUGGGGAGGGUUUCCAUGGAUCGAGAGGAGAUAAUUGAUAAUUUAAUGGCUGCAAUUGAGGGUGCAGUCAAUCACGUGCCAAAGAAGUGGGAGAACAUUAGGUGUAUGUAUAUUAAGUCGGUGCAGUCUGUGGCGCUGCCUAUCUAUCAGGUGGUUCCUGAAACGGGGAUGAAGAUUGAUAUCGGUUUAAGGGAAACGUUAGAGCCUUCAGAUGGAAUUGUUGUUCAGGAAGGAGAUAGAAAGAGUGGGCUGGAGAAGGAGAACCGUAGGAAGAUGCGAGUGGGGUCAAAGAAGAGGAAGGGAAGGAUUCAUGAUGUUGAUUAUAUAGGCGGUGAACUUGUGGAUGAUAAUGAGGAUGAUGAUGGAGAAGGCGCAGAAGAGCUGGAGAUUGAUGACAUGAGAAUGGAGAAGAAGAAGAAGAAGAAGGAUAGGAAGGGGAAGCUGAGCAAGGGCAGAAAUGGUAGGACAGCUAGUAUUGAUGAGGAUGGCCGUGAAGAGAAAGAAAAUGGUGAUCAAUUCACUGAAUUUGGCACUGGGAGAAGGAUACAAAAGAGGGCGAAGAAGAUUGUGAAUUCUGAGGUGGAAGAGCAUGACAUAAAAGAUGGUUCGAUGUUUGAUGCUAUUGGUUCUGCGGAUGAAGACUAUCAUGGUGACAGCAAGGAGCUUCAACUGAAGAAGAAAGUGAAGAGCAAAUAUAAGAAAGGGAAAAAAAAUUGUUUUUAUGGAAGCAGCAGUGAUCAUGAAAAUGUUGGAGCUGCUGAGGUGGAAAAUGUGAUGAAUGUGAAUGCUGCUAUUGCAACUGCUGCUGCUAGUGAUGGCGAUCAUGUUGAUAUUGAUCUUCCAAAUGUGGAGAAAAUAGUAAAGAACAAUGAAAUGCUUGCCAAAGGUAAGAAGGUCAAGAAGGUAAAGAAGACCAAGUUGAGGCAGUAG